UCUUGAUCUCACUCACCUUGUCUACUGUCUUGGUCUUACGAUGGACUUUCAAGACUUUGACGGAGCCUCCAACUACACGUUCGAUCGGGAUGAGGUCACUUCCGUCUGGUCCGCCAUGCCGACCUCCCAGGCCCAUCACGACGUACCUGCUGACCUUCAAAGCAUGGUGGAUGAUCUCACGCUCGACUCGACGAGCCAUGUAAACGGGCAUGGCCACCUCGAGGAGGACGAAGAGGAGCUAGGCUAUAAUAUAGAACAUGCUUGCAGCUACUGCGGUAUACAUAACCCUCAAAGCGUGGUCAAGUGUCUUCACUGCAGCAAGUGGUUUUGCAACUCGCGUGGAAACACUUCGGCUUCUCAUAUUGUCAAUCACCUGGUCAAAGCAAAGCACAAAGAGGUCAUCCUACACAAAGAGAGUGCCCUUGGAGAAACCAUACCCGAAUGCUACAACUGUGGGAGCAAGAACGUCUUCAUGCUUGGGUUCAUUCCCGCGAAGAGCGACACCGUCGUCGUUCUCCUCUGCCGCCAACCUUGCGCCGCCUUGACCAAUGCCAAAGACAUCAACUGGGACACUUCCCAGUGGUCAGCUAUCAUCGACGACCGUUCAUUCCUCUCCUGGCUAGUCAAGGUCCCUUCUGAAGUGGAACAACUACGAGCGAGACAAAUUUCCAUGGCCCAGAUCGCCAUGCUCGAGGACCUUUGGAGGGACAACCCCCAAGCGAGAUUAGAAGAUGCUGAGGCCCAGGUUGGAGAGGAAGAGAUGCAGCCGAUCCUCAUGAGAUACGAGGACGCAUAUCAAUAUCAAAACAUCUUUGGUCCACUUGUCAAGAUCGAGGCCGAUUACGACAAAAAGAUGAAAGAAUCUCAGACCGAAAACGAUAUCACCGUCCGUUGGGACAUGGGACUGAAUCAAAAACGCCUGGCAUGGUUCAGCAUGCCAAAACUUGAAAGUGGCGAGGUCAGGCUUGCUGUCGGAGAUGAACUCCGUCUCAAGUUUGUGGGCGCGACGACCGGUCUCGCGGGCAUGAAGGGCUUGCAAGCGCUCAGAGGUGGACAGGAGACCGUAUGGGAAGCCGUCGGGAGUGUCAUCAAAAUACCCAACAGUGAGCACGAUCCUCUCCCCCGCUCACCAUAGACAUCUCCGACGAGGUGUGUCUCGAGCUGCGUCGCAAUGACGGCGUCCCCACGGACUGUACGCACGGCUUCUCCGUCGACUUUGUCUGGAAAGCGACCAGCUUUGACCGGAUGCAAGCGGCCCUC